AUGCGCUCCCCGCCGAUCUCCGGGCGGCGCCACCGCGGCGGAGGCUCGGCCGGUCUAGGAAUCGCCGCGAUAGCGUACGUCGGCAUCGACUACCUCCGCCACAUCUCGCCGGCGUGGCACGAGCGUCUGCAGCCGGUCCUCUGGGCAGCGCUCGCCAUCGCCGCCGUGAUUCGGGUCCCCUUCUACAAGCACUGGUCCACGGAGCUCCGCGCCGCCGUUCCCUUCAUCCUCUCGAUUCUUUUUAUGCUCUCCGCUCUUCUGUUUGAAAUGAUUUCAGUUCGCUCUGUCACGGCUGUUCUCGGUCUGGAUUGGCACAAUGGUACACCACCUCUACCUGACGUCGGGCAGUGGCUGCUGUUGGCACUGAACGAGAAGUUACCCCAAAUAGCGGUCGAUAUAUUGAGGGCUCGUAUUAUUGGAUUGCACCAUUUUUUGAUGUUGUUUAUAAUGCUCGGUUUCUCGGUUUUGUUUGAUUCAGUUGAGGCUCCUGGUUUAGGCCUGGCCGCGAGAUACAUGUUCACCAUGGGUAUCGGCCGGCUUCUCAGAGCUAUAGCUUUUGUGUCGACUAUUUUGCCCUCACCUCGUCCGUGGUGUGCAUCUGCUCGCUUUCAAGUCCCGGCACAUCCUCAUUAUUGGGCACAGAAGUAUUAUGUUCCGUAUUCUGAAGAUUCUAAUGCUAUACGCCAUAUCAUUCAGCACGAUGUAGCUUAUGCUGUGACUGCGGAUUAUCCCGUUGACUUUCAACCAAACUGGGGAGCAAUGAACUUUCUUGCUGAUUUCCUUCGGCCUACAGCUGCCGAGGCGUCUUCUCCAUGGUACCAUCUUCUCAAGAAAGCUGGAGGGGGUUGCAAUGACCUGUUAUACAGUGGUCAUAUGCUCGUUGCAGUCUUGACGGCUAUGGCGUGGACGGAAGCCUAUGGUGGCUACAGUUCAGCUCUCAUUUGGAUGCUUGUGGCCCACAGUGCCCAACGAGAAAUCCGCGAACGUCACCACUACAGCGUGGACUGCAUUGUGGCCAUCUACAUGGGCAUCUUUUUGUGGAAGAUGACGGGCCUUUUCUGGCCCGUUAAGGACAAUUCCAGAUAUAGCCGGCUUGAUAAGCUCGAGAAAAUACAAAGCAGGCUAGUGCAAGCUGCCAAAGACUCGGACAUGGAUGAAGUUAGAGAGCUCUUGAAAGAAGUCGAGUUUAGCAGUCAAGCAACCGGUCAGAAACCAAAAAGUCGAGCCAUGUGGCUGUUUUCAGGCGCGACUAUUUUUUUCGCCAUCGUUAUUGUUCUUCUUGCGUUCACUUUGACUAGUGAUGGCUGA